CAUUCGCAUAUCUUUUUGCUAUACUCUGUACUCACCACUAGAUUCGUGAUACCUGAAAAUGUCUUGCUUCCCGUAUCCACGAGAUACAGAUGUGGAAUCAAUCCGAGUACCUCUCAUAGCGCGAACCCAAUACUCAAUAACAGACCAAACCAAUUGCUCAGACUCUUUUAAGAGGGCGGCGUGCGAUGCGACAACGCAAAUGUUCAAUGCUGCUGAAUCUGAUCACCAGGAGAGCACAAGCUUCUCUCUAAGCCAUUGGCGGGCUUCAGUCAUUCAAUCAUGGCUAUUCUUCCGUCUAGCAUCUGAAGCGCUAGGUCGAAACAUCAGACAUGAGGAAUUCGCAGGCGCUCAGCCUGACGGGUCCCAUUCUUCUAUUGAUCUUCGCAUACCGCAAUGGUACUGGCGAGAGCUCAAAGCUCGAUGGGAUGAACUAAACAACAGCCUCACUGCUGCGGAACUCGAGGCCAAGAGAACUGAACUUAAAAAGGUUUAUCAGAGCGCACAGAUUGUCCUCAUCUAUAUUGAUAAUGUGGCGAAUCUCGACGACGAUAAGCUUACAGAAAUUCUCCUCUCAGUACACAUGUUGUCAUAUCUUGUGGCAUAUGUGCUCGAUUCCGAUACGCUCAAGGUCGCCAAGACAUCCACAAUGUCGGCAUCAACAAAACUUCUUAAGCGCAGAAUGAUCAAGAAUGGGUGGUGCGAAAAGAGGCUGAACUUUUUAGAUGCUUCACCGAUGUCCUACCCCGAAUUUUACUUCAUAUCGUCACUCAAGCCACCUCGAAUCAAUUCUGAAGAUCACUCGGGCUGCAGUAGUGACAAAUGUCUCGUUACUAAUAAGUUGUCUAUGCCUCUCCACCGCACUGACGGGUGUCUCUGUGAAGAUAUCGUCGUCCCAGUUGAAAGGGUGAAAACCAUCGUGGCUUCCGGAGGGAUCCCUGUAGUCAGGAUCACACAGUCACCGCUUGGCAAGAUUGAGCUGGAGGUGGUUCCAUAUACUCCAUCCUGUAGGUUCAUCGCAAUAUCUCACGUCUGGGGUGAUCAACAAUUCGGAUCUUCUCAGAACUGCUUACCCAAAUGUCAAGUCGAAUACCUUAGACAAGUGCUUUCGAGUUUGCCCACCUCCAUUGAAGACUGGGGAUUGCGCGAAUGGAUCGCGAAUUGGUGGUCUUUUCGGCCCGGCGAAAUCGAACCUCCAAGUCGCGCAUACGAAUACUUUUGGCUGGACAGCUUCUGCAUACCCCAAGCUAUCGAUGACGCUGACCUUCGAGGCGGGGCCAUCGAGUCAAUGAACCUCAUUUAUGCUGCGGCAUCACACACCUUAGUCUUUGAUAAGGGGCUACAAGCCUUGAAUGCUGGUCGACGCCCAGCUUCUAUUGCGGCAUAUGGACGCCCGACCUACUACAGCCCUCAAGACGAAGAUUUGCUGGAUGUUGUAGCAUAUAUAUAUGCUUCGAAUUGGAUGGGCAGAGCGUGGACUUUGCAGGAAGGCAUCUUGUCAGGAUGUAUUGUUUUCCCACUCCACGGAUCGUUGGCAUACCUCAAGUUGUUGAGGCCGUCUUACGAUGGUAGCCCUGGUAACAAACCUACCACUGAGAUCAGUAAGCAUUUACAAGAUGAAUCUGAGCCCUUCCGUGAGCCGGUGCGGCGCCGACUCUUAACACAUCUGCAGAAUUCUUUGAAUGUCAAAGAGUACCAAGAUUACGCGCGAACGCCGGCUGACAGAGCAGCUAGAUUUGUUAAAGCUCACUCGCUCCUUCAAUCUAGAACGACAACUCAGCCCGAAGAUAUUCCCCUGAUUCUGAUGAAUAUGUCGUGCAUGAAUGCCAAUGCCAUAUCUCAAAGUAAAACCACCGAUGUAAGGAUGAAGCGACUUUUCUAUGGCCUUGAGUCACUUCCGACCGAGCUUCUCUUUUCUGAUUGCGCGAGACUGGGCGCGUGCACCGUGGAUUCCUGGAUACCACGUGAGAUAGCUACCGAGAAAUUUGGGGGCAAGCACACUCUCAAGCUUGGCUCAGCAGGCUUUACAUUCGAGACUAGAAAGGGCGCUCAGGCUCUCAAGUUCUAUUUGCUGUCAUUGGCCAGGCCAUUUGCGUUACAAUCUAUCUGGGAGAGCGCUUCAUAAUCAGAGCGAUGUGGAACGACGACAACUCUGUGGGCACACUAUUCCGCAUCCUUUACACUUGGUACAAUUUCAAGAAAUUUCAAUGGGUGGAGAGGGCUUUGACUGCAUUUGUUCACCGAGCAUGGAUGGCAACAUACCAGCCAGAUUGGGACCCUAAUGGACCAUGGAAGUGGUUUUGGAAACUGUCGAACUGGGAACCACCGAUCCCUUUCAGAACUUUAACGAAGUGGGUAUGCUCCUAUGUUUUCUUUCUUGGCUUCCAAACCGAACGCUGGUCAGACGUGGGGAGUGUGACCCUAUAUUGGCUGCCUCUGUUUCCGAAGCAGGAACUAAUAAAUAUGUAUAUAACGGCAAUAUGUGUAAAGAUUUGUUUUUUAUUGUUCUUUUAGGAAAUUAUAUAAAUGUUUCUAGAGUGCUGGGAUAGGUUCCGACACUAGACUAUUAGACUCUUAUCCCCAUAGCACGGCAAUAUAGAGUCUUGCUAUACAAUAUAGUAUUUCCUCUUUUAGCUCCUUUAGCGAAACUUAAGAACAG